AUGGCUGAACACCAUCCACUUCCCGCGCUGCCUCCCCAGCACCAGCAACAGAAUCACCACUAUCACCAACAAGCCUCCGACUCAUACGACAACGAACAGGCUCAGUUCCCGCCUUAUCAGCAGCAAUACGACCAGCCCCAGCCCGUUCAACCCCCUCCCAACGCCCAGCAGCAGUCCCAAUCCCAAUCUCACCCCCAGAAUCAACAACCUCGUAGAGGCUCCAAGUCCCGGCCGAGAACCUUCAGUUUCCAGUCCAACAAAUCCCACAAGAGUUCCGGAAGUCACCCUAAGAUCGACCUCCACGAGACACCCGAAGAGAAGGAAGCAAAGAGACUACACAGCAAAGCCGAUCCCACUGUCGCCAUGAGUGAGGCCGAACCUUCUGCCGUUCAGGCAAUGACCAAGACUUCCUUGGCUCCUCUGCGCGCCAUCCAGCACAAAGACACGACCGGUGCUCCAAUUGCCGAACCCGACCAAUCCAAUCCCACACGUAGCCGUUGGGAACGACCCCUUGAUACCAUUCGCAGUUUCGAGGCCGCUAUUGACGGAGGCUACCGCGACCGGGACAGACGACAGUCUUACAUUCGCUCAGAUACAGAGUCGGUCGCGACAUGGAACAGACGCAGCAGCUACUAUGCCACCAGUGGAGGUCGCCACCCUCACGAUAGCUACUACAACGGUCGCCCGGGCUCGUUCCGUCCGGAGAGCGGUCAGAUCGAGAUGGGGUCCAACCGACAGAGUAAUUACGAUCAGCACCAGAAUGGCGGAGGACACUACAAUGGCGGCAAUAACAUUCCCUACCGACAGAGAGUUCCCAGGACGCAAACUGAUCCCCACAUGAACGGCUACGCACGCGGCGAUCAGAACAUCUAUCCCCUUCCCAACAAGGACCGCUCAUAUGAGACUGUCACGUCAGCGGCCGCAAGUGGAAGCUCAGGAGAGCAUGCAGGCUACCAUACCGACCCGACUAGUAGCGACAACAGCUCCAUUGAGCGUGGCGGCCCGGCCCGCAGGCCCGAACCCACCAAUGACUACGGCAUCGGCUUCAAUCAGGACCAAGGACCUGCUCUAAGGCUCGACAACGGCGCGCCGAAUGGAAAGGGACAUGCCUAUCAAGCUGUGAACAAUGGAGCUCAGGCACCUCAGCAACAGAGCGCGAACGUCCUUCGGAGACCAGUGGGCGCCUCACCACCGCAACAGCAGCAGCAGGCGCAGCCUAGACCCGCUGAGCCCGCCAAGAGGAAAAGCUGGUUCUCUAAGCGUUUCAGCAAAUCAUCUUGA